GGGGCUGUGGAUUGGAUUUCCGGCCAGUUUGAGACGAUGGGAAUCAAGAAGGAACUGGGUGAGUUGAAGGGAGUGAAGGAUCUGAUGGAUGAGUACGGGAAGAGACUGGAAGAGCUGAAGGAAAAAUCGAUGAAAGUGAAGAAAAGAAGGUUUGCCAGGGUGAAGAAGGAAAAGGAUGAGACGUUGGAAGUGGAGAAAGAGGUGGGUUUAGGGGAGGACGAUUUCCUGGUGGAAGAUUCGGAUGAGGACGACGAUGCAGGUUUGCAAGAGGAGGAUGAUCGUUUGAAGUACAAACCGGUGCAGGUGAUCUUCUGUUCGAGGACACAUUCCCAGCUGGGCCAGGUUGUGAACGAAGUGCGGAGGACCGAGUUUGGAAAGCAGAUUCGUUUGACCACGAUAGCUUCGAGGCAGAAUUUUUGCAUCAACGAUGAGGUACGGAGGUUGAGGUCGAAUCCUUUGAUCAACGAGCGGUGCUUGGAACUGCAGAAGAAAUCCGGUAAAGCUACGGCAGUUGAUGAAGAUCAGAACACCAGGAAGAAGCGAAAGGUGGCUGAAAAGUGUUCCUUCUACAACCGUCAAGCAAUUGAAGACCUCAAAAAUGAUUCCCUCUUUGAAGUGCAAGACAUCGAAGAGCUGGUUACGUUCGCCAAGCAGGAAAAAGCCUGUCCCUACUACGCAUCCCGGGCGGCCAUUCCGGAUUCGCAGCUUCUCAUGAUUCCCUACCAGAAUCUGCUUCAUCGAAGAACUCGCGAACAGACCGGAAUCGACAUCAGCAACGCAGUCAUCAUCAUUGACGAAGCCCACAAUCUGCUCGACACAAUUUCCAGCAUCCACAGUCAGGAAGUGACCCUGGAUCAGCUGCAGCAAGCUCGGCUACAUCUGAGCGCCUACAAAGCUCAGUACUUUCCACGGUUCUCCACCAAGAACCUGCUGAAAAUCAACCAACUGCUGUUCGUAGCGACGCGACUCGGGAAAGUUCUGGAAAAUCCCACGAAGGAUGCUCCGUUCCGGAUGAUCGAAACGCACGAACUGGUGACCGAGGGAGACUUCUUCAAUCUCAACCUGCAGGAGAUACUUCAGUUUUCCGACAAGAGUCGGAUCGCUCAGAAAGUCCACGGAUUCGCCCAGAGUGUCCCUCCUUCGGUGCUAGAAGGACCGGCAAAAAAGCGUCCGGAACCGAAGAAGCCGCCAUCCAGCGCUUUGAAAGAUUAUCUCAAACAGCUGGAAAAGGACGCGUCCGAGAAAGGCAAACAAUCGAAAGCAGUGGAAGUGGUCGAGGCGUCCAAACAGGAACAAAAACGAGAACCCAUCGCCAAUGCCAUUCGUCCGCUGCUGAGCUUGCUGGAAUGUCUAGCGGAAAGCUUCGACGACGGAAGAAUCCUCCUGACGUACAACAAAAACGACCCCAAAAAGUCCACCAUGAAGUAUUUGCUCCUGAAUCCGGGAGCACGUUUCCAGGAGAUUUUGACCAGCUGUCGAUCGGUUAUUCUGGCCGGAGGAACCAUGCAGCCAGUUGACGAACUAACAGAGCAGCUGUUUAAAAACUGCCCGGAACGAGUGCAGCUAAGAAGUUACAGGCACGUUGUUCCAGCGGACGCAGUCCUUCCGCUGGCCAUAGGCAAGGGGCCUUCCGGAAAGGAGCUUCUUUUCAACUUUGCCAAUCGGCAGAACAAGGAGCUGCUCAACGAACUGUCCUCGGUCCUGUCCAACCUGUGCCAAGUGGUGCCCCACGGAGUGGUGUGCUUCUUCAGUUCCUACGACUAUCUGGACCAAUUCUACAACCACCUGCAGCAGUCCGGUCGCCUGCCGAAACUGGAAGAACGCAAGCGCGUUUUCCGGGAGCCCCGAGGCAGCGGUCAGGUGGAAAAAAUCCUGGCCGACUACUCGAAAGCCGCCCGCCAGUGGACCGGAUCGCAAACCGGAGCGCUGAUGUUGAGCGUCGUCGGUGGCAAGCUGAGCGAGGGUCUGAACUUUGCCGACGAGCUGGGACGAUGCGUGGUGGUCGUCGGGCUGCCCUACCCGAAUCGGACCAGUCCGGAGUUGGUCGAGCGGAUGCGCUACCUGGACCGGACGCUGCAACCUCCGGCCGGAAAUGAGUACUACGAGAAUCUCUGUAUGAAGGCGGUUAAUCAGUGCAUCGGGCGAGCAGUCCGGCAUAUAAACGAUUAUGCCAGUGUGGUGCUGCUGGAUGUGCGGUACGGGAGCAGCGAAAAGAUUAGACGGAAACUGCCGGUUUGGAUUUCGGAGGGGAUGCAGUGUCUCGAGCGGUACGGACAAGCACACGGUAGUUUGGUGCGAUUUUUCAAGGGAAGGAAUGGAAAGUGACAAGUUAUCUUCCAAUGUAUGUGAUUAAAAAUACAGUUUUGAUUUA